GUGUGUCUCACUGUCAAAUGUGUCAAUCGAUUGAAUUGAUCGAUAUUUUGUAGCUUCAAUUGUCAACGACACCACCGAUAUUAAUGUUGUAUAUUAGAAAAAUGUAAAAGUCGAAUACAUCUUAUUGAAUCAUUGAGAAAUUGCUUCAAAAAAAGAAAAUGAAAUCGAAAAUAUCGCCAACAAAAGAGAUGGCAACAAGCACUAAAAAUCAACUAAAAAUGUCAACAAAUCGUCAUCGGCCACCGGAUCCUAUGUUGUCUGAUGGACUGCUGCCAUCAUCGUCAUGGCAUCAUCAUGAUGAUAGACAGCAAUCACGGAAUCUACCUCCGCUUACCAAUGUUGAUUGCUCAACAACAAGAUGCCAAAUUAAUAAAUCAGCAAGGAUGAAGGCAGCAAAGUAUUCAUCACUUUUGCCACAUUCGUGUAUUAUACCCACUGUGAUCUCUUUGAAAAAUGAUUCGACCAUUUCUAGUUUAUCUAGAAUGAUGACAAGGACCAAAGAUUACCAUGAUCAUGGUAGAAAUACUCAACAAUCAUCGAGGAGGUUUCAAUCAUCAUCCAAGGUGAUGUGGUUGUGGUCAAUUUUGAUUCUUUUAAUUGUGAUGCAUUCAUGUCCCAUGAUGAUGAUUAUGCCCAAUGUGAAUGGUGUUUUAAUAUCAAGCAAUAAUCAUCAAUCGGUGACACCAGCCGGCUGUGAAUGGCGGCCAUUACGUAGCAGUAGUUCAUCACAUCAGCAGCCAUCAACGUCGGCCACUGGUACUGGCCAUUCCGGAAGUCAUUCUUCAAUGGAUGAUUCAUCCUCAUCACUAAGUCAUCUGUCUAUACAAGCUCAUUCUCAUUCUUCCACACACUCAUUGUCUGCAACGACUACAAUGGGCACAUCAUCAUCAUCAUCAUCAUCAUCGUCAUCGUCGUCAUUAUCUUCAUCGUCGUCAACAUCUUCAUCGGCUAAUCAGCUAUUACAGUGCCAUUUUCGUACAUUGAAUGGUGCCCUUGAUUCUGGUGUCAAUCUAAGUCUAAUACCGGGUGAUCGUACUCAUGCAUUACGAUUACAAUGCGAAGAUCUUUUAUUUCAAUCCCAAUUACCGGAACGGGCAUUUCGUUCAUUACAUCAAUUACGUGAGCUUUACAUAGAACGUUGUAAAUUAAGCGAGCUUCCGGCUCAUGUGUUCAUUGGUCUACAAGAGCUACGACAUCUCACCAUUCGUACAUAUAACACUGAUUGGGGUGAUCUUAGUCUUCGUUUGUCAACGAGCACAUCGUCAAUAUUUUCGCCGAUCAAAAAUCUUGAAUCAUUAGAUCUGAGUGAGAAUGGUCUAAGUCAACUGCCAUCAUCGAUCCUGUGUCCAUUGAAUCGAUUACAAUAUGUCAACAUUUCGGCCAAUUCAUUUCAAGAUGUCGCUUCAUUGGGUUUCAGUGCAAAAUCAUCAUAUGAAGCAUCGACCACAUCCUCGUCUUCGUCUUUGUCCUCGUCAUCGUCGUCAGCGUCAGCACAGACUGCAACUGGAUCGAUGAAAAAUGAUUGCCGUCGGCUAGAUUCCAUAUUGAACCUGGAUGCUAGCCACAAUCGAAUCAAAGUAUUAACUGACCGAGGCUUCUCACGUCUACAUUAUCUUCAAGUGCUCAAUCUACGGCAGAAUCUGAUUGCACGUGCAGAAGAAACAUCUUUAGCUGGUCUAGCCGAAUUGAAUCGUCUCGAUUUAAGCAAUAAUCAAUUGGUAGCACUGCCGGCCAGAUUCUUUCAAGCUGUGAAAACAACAUUGGCCGAACUGUAUCUGCAAAACAAUUCCAUAUCUGUCAUACCACCAGGUCUAUUCUCGGGCCUUUCACAGGUUACCGUUCUUGAUCUAAGCAAUAAUGAAGUGACAUCACAUUGGAUCGGACCGACAACAUUUGCCGACAUGUCUCGGUUAUUGUCAUUAGAUCUGUCCCAUAAUAAACUAUCCCGUGUGGAUGCGACCGUAUUUCGAGCUCUUUAUACAUUGCAAUCCUUAUCGUUGAAGAAUAACAUAAUCGAAUCAUUGGCCGAGAAUGCUUUCAUCAGUAAUCGUAAUCUACAUACAUUAUCAUUGAGUGGAAAUAGACUACAGACUUUGGAUGCGGCCAGUUUCACUGGUCUUGAAGUGUUGAAUGCCUUAUUCUUGGACGAUAAUCGUUUACAAAUUGUUCAUGUUUCUUCCUUCGCCAACAUUACCAGUCUGAUGGAAUUGAAUGUUGGUCAGAAUCGUCUGCAAACAGUACCACAAGCAAUACAAACACUGCAUUCAUUACGAUCGCUAGAUUUAUCGCAUAAUCAAAUCGGUGAUAUAUCCAACGCUUCAUAUCGUGGCCUCGAACAAUUGUAUAGUCUCAAUCUUGAAGACAACAUCAUCGGAAAUCUGAGUCGUGGUGAUUUCCUUGAUCUACCAUCACUUCGUGUGCUCAACUUGGCCAACAAUUCAAUCGGAUCGGUUGAACAGGGGACGUUUGAUAACAUUCCAGAUUUGCAUGCAUUGCGUCUAGAUUCAAACAAAGUGGCCGAUAUAAACGGUUUGUUUGUCAAUCUUCGUGAUCUGCUCAUGUUGAACAUUUCGGCCAAUCGUAUUCAAAUGUUUGAUUAUGCCAUGAUACCGGUCGGUCUGCAAUGGCUCGAUCUACAUGAUAAUCUGAUUGAAAAUCUGGGCAAUUAUUUCGAAAUUGAAUCCGAACUCAAAUUACGAACAUUGGAUGCAUCACACAAUCGUUUAGUGGAAAUUGAUUCGAAAUUGAUACCCGAUUCGAUUGAAUUGGUCAUGCUGAACAGGAAUCAAAUACGCAAAAUAGCAGCAUUCACAUUUCUGAAGAAAGAUAACCUAACUCGUGCCGAUCUAAGUGAUAAUCGACUUGCUACAUUAGAUCUGAAUGCAUUACGUCUAAGUAAACCACCACCAACUCGACGACCAUCGCCUGAAUUUAUGAUUGCAGGCAAUCCAUUCGUUUGCGAUUGCAAUAUUGAAUGGUUACAACGUGCUGCUCUAUUAUCAACGCCAACAUUGAUGUUAGCAGCAAUGCCACCACCAUCAACACUAUCGCCAUCAUUUCCAUCAUUGAUUGGAUCAGAUCCAUCUAGACAGCUACCGCGUGUUGUUGAUGCUCAUCAGAUUCAAUGUCGACUGGCGUUUGGCCGUGGCCAACAACCAAUGAUGACCACAUUGGCUGCUGCUCGUCAAUCUCAAUUUCUAUGUUCAUAUCGUUCUCAUUGUUUUGCAUUAUGUCAUUGUUGUGAAUUUGAUGCUUGUGAUUGUGAAAUGACCUGUCCAGACAAUUGUACCUGUUUUUAUGAUCAAUCAUGGAAUACGAACAUUGUGGAUUGUGGCCGUAAUGGUCAUUAUCUUGUGCCCACUCGUAUACCGAUGGACGUGACCGAUUUAUAUCUGGACGGUAACAAUAUCGCCGAAUUGAGUCCCCACACAUUCAUUGGUCGUAAAAAUCUUCGUCAUCUUUAUCUGAACGCAUCGCACAUUCAUACAAUCAAUAAUCGAACAUUCAAUGGUUUGAAAUCAUUAUUAGUGUUGAAUCUGGCCGAUAACCAAUUGGACACAUUAUAUGGUUAUGAAUUCGAACGUCUCACCGAUUUACGUGAACUAUAUCUAGAGAAUAACAUCAUCUCAACUAUCGCUAAUCGUACGUUUUCAGCAUUACGAUCACUGCAAACAUUACGGCUGGAUAAUAAUCGAAUUGUUGAAUUUGAAUUAUGGUCCAUGUUAGCAUCGUCAUUGCCAUCAUUACAGCAAUUAUAUCUCGGCGAUAAUGCCUGGUCUUGUGAUUGUCAAUUUGUUGGCCAAAUGAUGGAAUGGCUACCGGCUCGACAAGACAUAAUUCGUGAUUUGGCACGUGUCCAUUGUCAAUAUAAUGAAAGUUAUGCACUUCCACUUGGUGCAGUUGCCGCUGCGACAACAAUGACAAAUCUAUAUAAAUUGACUGAAAUUGAACAAGCUCGUGCAAACAUAUCGGCCGCAUGUUCCCUAUACGCUAAACGAGAAUCGAUUGCCGCAUCCUCAUCCUCAUCAUCAAGUGUUGGCAUCAAUGGUGGCGUUUCGGUCAAUGGUAUGACUGGCAAUGGAACCGGAAAUCAAAUCGAAAUGUUCAUCCCGAUUUUGGCAUUGAUUGUAUUCUCCACAUUUGGCGUAUUAUUGUUGCUUGCUUCGAUCGUUACGGCCGUUCUGUAUCGUCAUGAGAUUUCCGUAUGGUUCUAUGCACGAACCGGCAUUCGAUUGGGAGGUGGUUCCAGUACCGGCUCAGGUGCAAAAGGUGGUCAUGGUAGACGUGGACGUCAUGGUCGUGGUGGCCGUCAUGGUCGUCAUUCAGAUCCAUAUGAUGCAGAUUGUGGUGAGAAAUUAUUCGAUGCUUUCGUGUCAUAUUCAAAGAAAGAUGAACAAUUUGUUCAACAAAUGCUUGCUCCUGAAUUGGAAUAUGGAACAAGUCCUAUGCGCCUAUGUUUACAUUAUCGUGAUCUUCCGGUUGCAUCUGGUUUUGUUGCCGAUGCAAUCAUUGAAGCCAUGGCUGCCAGCCGUCGUACAAUUCUGGUCAUAUCCGAACAUUUUCUUCGUGGUGAAUGGCAACAUUUUGAAUUCAAAACAGCUCAUCAAGAAGCAUUACGUUCACGUGCACGACACAAGUUGAUACUAAUUUUUGUUGGUCCUGUCGCUGGUAAAGAUCUUGAUCCGGAUAUCCGUGUUUGGCUCAAAACGGCCGGCAAUACCUGUCUUCAAUGGGGUGAGAAAAUGUUCUGGGAAAAACUUCGUUAUGCUAUGCCCGAAAUACCGACAGCUAGUUCGGGCGGUGGUUCUUCUGUGAAUUCGUCAUCAUCAUCUACCACCAGUUCGUUGUAUGGUCGUAAAGCAUUACAAUUGAGUAAUAAUCAGCAAAGCAAAAAUUCUACACUGCCAUUGAGUCUGAGCAGCAAUCAACAAAUGUUGAAUUGUGGCACUAAUAAUCGCAACUUUGAUAGCUAUCAACAUCAUCAUCAAUUGCAUCAUCCAUUGUUGGGUGGGGCACAGACCACCACCACCACCUUAGGUCGACAACAAUUGUCUUAUGGUCAUUCGCCAAUGAUGGAUCAUCCACCAUCUAUGGCGAUCGGUGGCCAUCCAUUAUAUUCACCAUCAUCGAUCCAUAGUCAACAAUCAACAUAUGCUUAUCCUACCUAUCAUCCGACCGGUGUUCCACCACCAAAUGUUGCACCACCACCACUACCGCCUAAUCAAUUGAAUGGUCCACCACAAUCGACACCGCCACCAUUGCCACCAUCACAUCCAUUACAUCAGCGACUAUUCCAUAAUCAUUCGAAUGGAUCCGUUUCUGGUGUAUCGACCAGUGUGACAACAAUGGAAUCCUCGUCUGGGUCCGGUGCCUCCGGAUCCGGUCCAUUAUCCACACAUCAACAGCAGCAGCUACCAGCAACGUCAACUAUGUCGAAUAUUGGACAUCAUUUCCAUCAAGGAUCAUCAUCAUCAACAUCUGGUCGUCAUCAUGGCCAUCAUCUGAAUCAUCCGCAUCAUCAACAACAACAAUCGGCCAGUCAGAAUUCGAAUGAUUCAAGUUUGAUGCUCACAUCGAACGGUUCGGAUAUAUCGGGUCAAUCGACAAUGCCAUUUGUGCCAUCAGCAUCAUCGACGACGGCCGUUGCCGUUCAUAUUUGAUGAUUGUUAAGUAAAGCUAAAACCAAAUUGAAAAUUGAAUAUUGAAUAUUGAAUAUUGUAUAUUGAAUAUUCCUCAUUUUUGCCUCACAGAUUCGUAUAGCAAUAAGAAUCUUUCAAUCUUUGUACAAUGAUUGUAAAUAGUUGAUACUGAUGAUGAUGAUGAUGAUGUGAUAUUUCAGUUUUAUAAUGAUAUAUCACAGCUUAGAGAAACAGAACAAACCAAAUUGUCUGCUUUUCGUUUCGUUUUUUGUUAUCGUUUGUUGUUGACAACCAUCAAAUUCAUCAUCAUCAUCAAUUCUAUGUGAUCUUUGAGUUUUGAUUCAUUUGGCUUCUACAUUACACACACACACACACACUGUAUACAACACUGAAAAUUGUCCAUCAAUUUAUUACAUGAAUGAACAUAAUUUGUAACAUAAUUUUUGCAUAUAAAUAUUUUGUCUUUUCUUUGUUUUUUCGACCCUUUCCUUUUUGCAUCCAGCCACUUAUUAUUAUAAACAGCCCCAUUUUAUUUGAAUUAUUAAAAAGAAAAAAUGAAUGAUC